AUGCGGUCACUGCUGAAGCGGUUUCGUCGUGCAAAUGGCGCUGCCGGUGAAAAAUUGCUGACAGAAAGGAAGGAGGAUGCACCGAAGGCUACCAUAGCACAACUGUUUCGUUAUGCUUCGGCUUUCGACAAACUACUUCUGUUUCUUGGCUGCCUUGUCAGUGUCAUAACGGGUGUUGGCAUGCCCCUAAUGUCAAUUUUUAUGGGUUAUGUGUCCCAAAACUUCAUGGACGUUACUGCAAACUACACUGAUCCUGCUGCAAUCCAUCAAUUCGAACACGAUAUCAUCCAGAAUUGUUGGAAAUUUAUUUAUUUGGGAUGCGGUGUAUUUGCAGCGGCAACGAUACAGGCAACAUGUUUCGCGACUGUAUGCGAAAAUCUAGUAAAUCAGUUGCGAAGAGAAUUCUUCAAAGCGAUUUUACGACAGGAUAUCGCUUGGUAUGACAAAAACAACUCCGGAAAUCUGACACCGAAACUCUUCGAUAACCUCGAGAGAGUGAAAGAAGGGACAGGAGACAAACUCGGCCUGAUGAUACAGUUCGUUGCACAAUUCUUUGGAGGAUUUAUCGUUGCGUUCACCUAUGAUUGGAAAUUGACACUUAUCAUGAUGUCGCUUUCGCCAUUUAUGAUCGUUUGCGGAGCUUUCAUCGCGAAGCUGAUGGCGUCAGCUGCCACGGAGGAAGCGAAAAAUUAUGCUGUUGCUGGUGGAAUCGCAGAAGAAGUGCUCACUUCAAUCAGGACGGUCAUUGCUUUCAAUGGCCAAUCCUACGAGUGCAAAAGAUACGAUGUAGCUUUGGCGGCUGGCAGAUCAACCGGCAUAAAGAAGUCAUUAUACGUUGGUCUCGGUCUUGCUUCAACCUUCACUAUCAUGUUUGCAACAUACUGUUUGGCCUUUUGGGUUGGGACCGAUUUUGUGUUCAAAGGCGAGAUGAAAGGAGGAACCGUUAUGAUAGUGUUCUUCUCUGUCAUGAUGGGUUCCAUGGCACUCGGCCAAGCAGGGCCACAAUUUGCAGUUCUCGGUACAGCCAUGGGAGCCGCCGGAUCUCUAUAUCAAAUUAUCGACAGAGAGCCAGAAAUUGAUGCAUAUUCGACUGCUGGCAUGAAACCAUCAAAUCUUCAAGGAAGGGUUUCCGUCUCGAAUUUGAAGUUUAGCUAUCCAACUAGGCCUGAUGUGCCAGUUCUUAAAGGCGUUUCUUUCGAAGCAAAUCCAGGUGAAACCAUCGCUCUAGUCGGUUCCAGUGGUUGUGGCAAGAGUACGGUAGUCCAAUUGUUGCUUCGAUAUUACGAUCCAGCUGAUGGCAAGAUUUUAAUAGAUGGUAUUGAAAUCGAUAAGAUCAAUAUUGGGUUUCUUAGAAAUUAUAUAGCUGUUGUAUCGCAAGAGCCUGUGCUUUUUAACACUACAAUAGAGCAGAACAUCCGCUACGGACGUGAGGACAUCACCGAAGCCGAAAUAACUGCAGCCCUUCGCAAAGCAAACGCAUAUGAUUUUGUGCAGAGCUUCCCCGAUGGAAUCAAGACGAAUGUUGGAGAUCGCGGCACACAGAUGUCUGGUGGACAAAAACAACGCAUCGCCAUAGCUCGUGCACUUGUUCGAGACCCCAAAAUUCUUCUUCUCGAUGAAGCCACUAGUGCAUUGGACGCUGAAAGCGAACAUCUUGUGCAGCAGGCUUUAGAAAACGCCUCCAAAGGUCGCACCACAGUCGUAAUUGCUCACCGGCUUUCCACCAUUCGUAAUGCUGAUAGAAUUAUUGCCAUUAAAGAUGGAGAAGUCAUCGAAGUUGGCACUCAUGAUGAACUGAUUGCUCGUAAAGGUCUCUACCAUGAACUAGUGAAUGCUCAAGUCUUCGCUGAUGUAGAUGAUGAAUUGGCUGAAGAGAAAUUGAGAACCAGAUCUAUUUCUUCGCGACGAUCAAGUACAUCAUCUAUCGGACGUCUUGAGCUAAAGCGCUUGAAAUCCCAGCUUUCGCAAAAAUUCGAAAAAGUUGAACAAAGCGAUGUCAAAAAAGCAGAAAACGAUUUGGAAAGGCUGAAAAAAGAGCUCGAAGAGGAAGGAGCAGUAAAAGCAAAUUUAGUCAAAAUUCUUCACUACGCUCGUCCCGAGUGGGCUUUUCUUCUGCUUGCCGUCUUUUCUUCUAUAACACGAGGCUGCGUUUUUCCAGCAUUCUCCCUCUUUUUCACGGAAAUCAUCGAGGUUUUCGCCAUACCACCUGGCGAUCCGUCUCUCCAGUCAAAAGGUCAUUUCUGGGCAUUAAUGUUUCUUCUCUUAGGCGGAGUAGAAGCAGUCUGUAUGAUCACUCAGUGUUUCUUCUUUGGAUUAUCAGCUGAAAAAUUAACAAUGCGCUUACGAUCCAAAGUAUUCCGUAAUGUAAUGCGCAUGGACGCUACCUUUUUCGACAUGCCCCGACAUACACCAGGGAAAAUCACUACUCGUCUCGCUACUGAUGCACCAAAUGUAAAGUCUGCAAUCGACUAUCGUUUUGGAAAUGUUUUCAACUCAUUUGUGUCCGUGUGCUGUGGUGUCGGCCUCGGAUUCUACUUUGGAUGGCAAAUGGCUCUUCUGACUCUCGCUAUAUUUCCAUUAGCUGGUGUUGCACACGCUUUCCAAAUAAAGUUCAUGUCUGGUCGAGCGGGCAGUGAUGCGAAAGAAAUGGAAAAUAGUGGAAAGAUUGCUAUGGAAGCCAUUGAAAACAUCAGAACUGUGCAAGCUCUAACACUGGAACAUCGCUUGCAUCAUCAGUUUUGUCGCCACUUGAAUGGACCACACAAGACAAAUAGAAGAAGAGCAGUAAUGCAGGGUGCUGCAUACGGUUUCGCUAGCAGCACCUUCUUCUUCGUAUAUGCAGCAUCGUUCCGUUUUGGCCUGUGGCUCAUCCUCAAUGGCUAUAUGCAGCCAAUGAAUGUUCUACGUGUACUUUUCGCCAUUUCGUUCACCGCUACAAGUAUGGGAUUUGCCAGUGCCUACUUCCCCGAAUACGUUAAGGCAACAAUCGCAGCUGGUCUAAUUUUUAACAUGCUGAAAGAUGAGCCGCGAAUUGAUGGAAUGACUGAUAAGGGCAAAAAACCGAAACUCACUGGAUCGAUCACGCUCAACAACGUUUACUUCAACUACCCAGAAAGGCCAAGUGUGCCUAUUCUUCAAGGAUUGGACAUUUCUAUACAACCUGGUGAGACCCUUGCCUUAGUCGGACCAAGUGGCUGCGGAAAAUCCACGGUUAUAUCCUUGUUGGAACGACUAUAUGAUCCAUUAAAUGGUGUGGUGGCUGUGGACGGUAAUGACAUUCGUCAGAUGAAUCCGACCCACUUGCGCUCUCACAUCGCGCUGGUGUCACAAGAGCCAGUCCUGUUUGAUACUUCCAUUAGGGACAACAUUGUGUACGGUCUUCCAGCUAACUCGGUGACUGAAGAUAUGAUUAUGGAAGUGGCUCAAAAAGCUAAUAUUCAUAAAUUUAUCAGCGAGCUACCAGAUGGUUACAACACAAGGGUCGGUGAGAAGGGGACUCAGCUUUCGGGAGGACAAAAACAACGAAUUGCCAUUGCUCGUGCGCUCAUCAGAAGCCCUAGAAUUCUUUUGCUUGACGAAGCUACAAGUGCUUUGGAUACGGAAAGUGAAAAGCUCGUCCAAGAAGCUUUGGAUAAGGCAUCUAAAGGCAGAACCUGCAUCAUAGUGGCUCAUCGACUAUCUACGGUUGUUAAUUGCAGUUGCAUUAUGGUCGUGAAGUCUGGGAAAAUUGCUGAAAAGGGUACACACGCUGAGUUGAUGCAAGCUAAAGGAGCUUACUGGGCUCUCACGCAGAAGCAGAACAUUCACACCACCUGAUCAUAGAUCUUUUCCUUUCUUCUAUUGUUGUUUGUUUUUUAAGUUCUUUGUAAAUAUCAUCAUCUAUGUUGCUUCAAUGAAUUUUCAUAAUUUAGGCACUACGGG